UUCACAGGAUGUGGAGAAACACACACACACACACACACACACACACACACACUCACUCUCUCUCUCUCUCUCUCUACACCAAACGAUAUUUUUUGUCCCGUAACCCGCAGGCCGGUCAGGUUUUACUAUCCUUGUGGGGACAUUUGGUCCCCACGGUGUAGUAUAAACAAGUACACACACACACACACACGAGUUUGCACGCGCGUCUCCAUCAUGUUUAAUCUUCGUUCUGUGUGUGUGAUCGCGUUGUUGGUUCUCAGUGCGUCGAGAGCUGAUGAAGAUGCUGCUGCUGCUGAUGAUGAUGAUGAAGGUCUGGCAGCAAGCCCAGUGUCUGCGGAGUUGGGCGCCGUGCGUUCGGUGUGUAAGCCGGUUCCGAACACGAUGGGUCUGUGUUCCGGUAUCGGUUACGGAGAGAUGCGCUUACCGAACCUGCUGGGUCACGCCAGCGCGAGAGAAGCGCAGCAGCAGUCCGCCGCGUGGAUGCCGCUGCUCGGUAAGCACUGUCACCGAGACACGCGGCGCUUUCUCUGCUCGCUCUAUGCGCCGGUGUGUUUACCGGAGGUCUCGGCUCCGGUGGGACCGUGCCGCAGUCUCUGUGAGGCGGUGAGGGACGCGUGUCUGCCCGUCAUGAGCGCCUUCGGCUUUCCGUGGCCGGAGAUGUUCAACUGCAGCCGGUUCCCAGAUGGAGCGGAGCUCUGCAUCCCCGGAGAAAGAGACCCGAACCGGGAUGAAACCACCGAGGCGACCGAAGAUUCUGCAGUGUGUGAGGUUUGCAGUCCAGACUCCGAAGGACUCGGAGAGCAGGAGAUCCAGCAGAACUUCUGCAAGAGUCAGUUUGCGUUCAGACUGCGCAUCGGCUCCUGGUCUCGGCUCGGGACAGACGUGCGUGUGGUUCCUCAGGGCCGCAGUCGGGUCCUCCGCUGGCUCGGCGGGCCGCAGGAGCAGAGCGCUCUCUGGCUGCCUCACGGAUGCUCCUGUCCCGCGCUGGAGGGUCAGCUCAAGGGCUCCUACAUCGCUCUGGGUCACAUGCAGAACGGACGCAUGCUCCUCAGGAGACUCCUCAAGUGGUCCCGUGAUGAGAAAGAGCUGAAGAAGUUCAUCAGGACGCUGCUGAGACAAGACUGCUGAGACACGAUUAAUGAACAAACGGAUUGCGCAAAAACGGCAUUUUCAAAAUGGCCUGUUUUCUAAUUUUUUGAGGAAAAUGCAAAUCUUCAUAAGUCAUUUUAAUAUAAUUUUUGCUUAUUAAAGAAAAAAUAUUACCCACUCAACCAUUAUCCCAUCCUCAUCCAACCCAACCUCAACUUUGAUGCAAAUUAAUUCUACUGUACAUUUGAUGAAAUAGAAAUAAUUAAUAAAAAAAGUGUAUAUAUAUACAUACACAGUAUAUAUACACUACCAGUCUUUUGAAUAGUAAGAUUUUUAAUGUUUUUUAAAGAAGUGUCUUCUGC